GGUGAGGUAAUCGUCCCCGUAACUGCAGACCAAAGCCACGGAAAAGCGGCGAGCGUGUCAAAGCCAAGCGCAGCGACACCGACCGCCCCUUCACCUGCCUCCCAGGCAGAAGGGAAGUGUGGAGGGCCAGAAGGAUGGUGCAGUCCUGUUCCGCCUACGGCUGCAAGAACCGGUACGAUAAGGACAAGCCCGUCUCCUUCCACAAGUUUCCUCUGACUCGCCCCAGUCUCUGUAGACAGUGGGAGGCAGCUGUUAGAAGAAAGAACUUCAAGCCCACCAAGUACAGCAGCAUCUGCUCCGAGCACUUCACCCCGGACUGCUUUAAGAGAGAGUGCAACAACAAGCUGCUCAAAGAGAACGCUGUGCCCACAAUAUUCCUUUGUACUGAGCCACAUGACAAGAAGGAAGAUCUGGAGUCCCAAGAACAGCUUCCCUCUCCUCCUUCACCCCCUGCGUCCCAGGUCGAUGCUGCCAUUGGCCUGCUGAUGCCCCCUCUCCAGACCCCCGACAACCUCUCAGUGUUCUGCGACCACAAUUACACUGUGGAGGAUACAAUGCACCAGAGGAAGAGGAUCCUGCAGCUGGAGCAGCAGGUUGAAAAGCUCAGGAAGAAGCUCAAGACCGCGCAGCAGCGGUGCCGAAGGCAGGAGAGACAGCUGGAAAAGCUGAAGGAGGUUGUGCACUUUCAAAGAGAGAAAGACGACGCGUCAGAAAGGGGCUAUGUGAUUCUGCCACAUGACUACUUCGAAAUUGUUGAAGUACCAGCAUGAAAAAGAUGUAAUUGUGGCACAAGACUGCAUACCCCCUGUUAGCCUGCAUACAGGAGUUCAUUUGAACAGCUAGCACUAAUUACUUGUAUAAAAAGAAACAAUAUUUUUUUAAAAUAAAUUAGAUAUAUACUGUAAAAUUGUAAUUUUUUUGUUUGUAACUUCAGAGUUUUUACAUUUUAACAAAAUAUUAAAAAAAAAAAAAUCUUUAGACUGCCAAUAUAAUGUGUAUUGGUUUCAAGGUGGACUGUUUUUCAUUUGAGUAUUUAUAGAAAUAAUGUAAAAACAAAGAGUAAAGAGGAUAAUGGUGCAGAAAAGAUGAUUUAAGUUUAAAAAUUAGCAUUAAAGGCCUUUAUUGAGAUAACUUAUUAUAAUUUAAAUCAGAAGUUGAGCUCAUAGGACACAGCCUCUCGGCAUAAAGAGAGGUAUGUACACAUUUGUAUUUAUAGUCAGAGCUUCAGUUGUUUUUCUCAAUCAUUUGUCAAACAUGAACUGUCAAGUUAAUAUUUGAGGGAAAUAAUAUUUUGCUGUCUUCAAGUCAAUCCAAGUUAAUAGAGUAGAUUUUUACAAGUAGGUCUGUAUAAUCCCUAGCUUUAUAAAAUUGGAAAUGUGAAUAUUGGGCACUGGGCUGGCGAGAUGGCUCGGAGGGUGAAGAUGCCUGUCAUAUAAGCCCGGCGACCUGAGUUUAACCCCUGGGACCCAGGGAAAGGUAGAAGGAGAGAGCCAGCUCCUCGGUGUUGUCUUCGGUCCCCUACAUGUGCAGUAGUGUGUGUGCACACUUUUUAAAACGAUGAAAAUUGGAGUCUGGUUCCUGAUAGGCUCUCAUCACCCCCUAGCCAAAGGCACCUCAUUCCACAGCUGUAGUUAAAUCUGCAUUCAGACCUCUGACAAAUUAUCUCAGUAGUUUCAUUUGUAUAACUGUUUGAUUUUGGUCAAGAUGUUGCAUUAAAAACCAUUUUUCACCCUUCAGUUAGAAAUUAUAUCCAAUUUACCUCAAGUGACUUAAGUUCAGAAGUAACGUGUUGUGUCUCGAGUGCUGAGACUUAAAUAUUGUGGUUUCUGUUCACACUGUGGAUUGUGUUCUGACUGAGAAAGCUUAUAUAUAUUUGAAAUGAAAAUAUGUUCUGAGUAGACAAAUGGCUGAUAAAAGACUUCUCUAUUUAGGUUUAGGAGAACCAUAUUUUCUAUUUCAUAGUACACUGUAGCUGAGGAGUAGCAGACCUUUAAAGACAGUAUUAAAGAUAUGCUAUUCAACUAUCUUGUGGCUCUGCCUUUUCUUUCUGACUGACUGCCAUGCUGAGAAGAGAUAGCACUUUUUUUUUUCUAUUUUGUUUUUGAGAUAGGGUUUCU